AUGACUAGCAUUCAGGUUAAGUGGACACUGAUAUCUGUCUUAUAUCACGGCGGACUUUCCCGCCCACUUGGCUUUCUCAAUGUCCGUGACGUAAGUGCAUGGGUAACGAAACUUGAACGGAAAUCCUCGCCUCUGGCCUCGCUCCGCAAACCCAAAUAUCAAACAACCUCAUUUCGCUCCUCUACCUGCACCCUUAUGCCAUUAUUCAGAUUGUUAAACUGAUUUUCCGAGACACGCUUCAUUUAAACGGCAGUUACGAUGCGUCCCGCUUCUCCAACAGCCAUUUCCUGGCUCCGUGCAUUCCUCAUCUCCGAAACUUCGAUAGCUCCCCUCCGCGCACACCGCAGACACGCCGCCUGUCUCCUCCGCUCUAGCCGCCCCUCCUCAUUGACACCCUCGCGCCGACAUCAAUCAACAUCCCAUUCACAACUGCGUGGCGACUCGUCGCUGAAAUCCCACACACAUUAUCACUUCUUCCCACAAUCGCUACCCGCAGGUCCACCUCCGCACGGCCGCUUCUCGAUCGACCUGCCGUCGUUGAAAAAAGAGUUCCUUCAAUUACAGGCCCGCGCGCAUCCGGAUCUUCAUCCAGCGGAGAACAAGAAUAAAGCGCAAGCAUUGAGCGCGAGGAUUAAUGAGGCGUAUAACACACUGCAGUCGCCACUGUUACGCGCGCAGUAUUUGCUGAGUCUGAGGGGUAUUGAUGUACAUGAGGAUGAGACAGCGAAGGUGGAAGAUCCGGAAUUGUUAAUGGAGGUGUUGGAGACGAGGGAGCAGAUUGAGGAGGCGGAGACGGAGGAGGAUCUGGUAGGGAUGAAGACGGACAAUGAAAGGAGGAUUGGAGAGAGUGUGAAGGUGUUGGAGGGCGCGUUUGAGAGGGAUGAUGUGGAUAGGGCGAAGAGUGAGGCCGUAAGGUUAAGGUAUUGGGUUAAUAUUAAGGAUUGUUUAGAUGGAUGGGAGAGGGGGAAGCCGGUUAUUUUGGAGCAUUAGUGGGGGAAGAGGUGCAAUCUUGCUAUAAGCUGGUGUAUAGGAAGGGAGGUUGUGGGACUCUAUUUGGGGGAAGGUGGCAUCUUUUUGGCUCCCUGCCUGAGUCUAGCGGUGGCUUGGAGAGAUGGGUUGCGCCUUUCAUGCUCCGGGUGUACGGUAGCAUGUUGUCCUAUGUUUCGGUGGAUGUAAGAGUAGGAUGUAGAUGUUACAUUUCGUGCAGCUUUCCUCUUAGCAUGCACAUGAAUGAG